AUGGACGACGGCGGCGCAGCGUGCGUCGCGGAGUGCCGUGAGCAACCUUUCGACGUCGCGUUCGCGCCGAAGACGCACGUCUUCGCGGUCGGAUGCGUCGAUGGAUCGAUCGAGCAGUGGAGUCACACCGAUAACUCGUGCACGCGACUGGAUAGGAAGACGGGCGCGCACGGAGACGAGGCGGUUCGGUCGCUGUUGUACGCGCAGGGCGGGGACGUGCUGCUAAGCGUUGGGGCGGAUCGAUGCGUCGUGGCGAUGGAUGUGGCUACCGGAAGCGUCACGGCGAGGCUGGAAAACGCGCACGCGGCGCCGAUCAAUCGUUUGAUUCAGCUGAACGAAACCGUGGUCGCCACGGGUGACGACGAUGGAUGCGUGAAGAUUUGGGACACGCGCGCGCGCGUGGUGUGCGGAGAGCACAAGCCAUUCGUCGAUUUCGUGAGCGAUAUGAAGUUCACGGGGCUGGAUACGAACGAGAUCGUGAUCGCGAGCGGCGAUGGGACACUGGGAUGUCUGAGCCUAACGGCAAAUAAGCUAGUCGGGCAGUGUGACAAUUUGGAGGACGAGCUCCUGAGCUGUGAAAUCGUCAAGAACGGUCGAAAGGUUGUCGCCGGAUCGCAGGAGGGAGUGUUAAACAUUUUUUCUUACGGUCAGUGGGAGGACAUAUCCGAUCGCUAUCCUGGUCACCCUCAGAGCGUGGACGCCAUUGCAAAGGUGACGGAGGACAUGAUCGUCACUGGCUCGAGCGACGGGUUGAUUCGAGUCAUCUCCGUGUUUCCGAACAAAAUUCUCGGUCUUGUGGGUGAGCACAGCGACAUGCCUAUCGAACGCCUCACGAUGAGUUUCGAUAAGGACAUGCUCGCCUCCUCUUCGCACGAUAAGACGGUCAAGUUAUGGAAGGUGGACUGGCUCACGGAGGAAGGCGCGUGGGAGGACCCGGAAGAGAUGGAAGACAUAGACGCCGAAGAUGACGAUGAUAGCGAUGACGACGGGCCCUCGAAGAAACGAAAGGCCAAGGUGAACAGUGGGAAAAAAGCGCGGCAGCAAAAGACUGAGAGCAAGAAGAAAGCCGUGCAGAAAUUCUUCGCUGGUAUGGAUGAAUAA